CCAGGCAGGGGAGGGGGCCCAGCGGGAGGUGAGCGGCGCCGCGUGACCCGCGGCCACGUGACGCGCGCGGGGCGGGGCCGCCAGCGCCUUCGCCGCAGCCGCCGCGGGAGGUGUCCGCGACAAGAUGAAGCUCAUCAUCCUGGACCACUAUUCUCAGGCCAGUGAGUGGGCAGCCAAAUACAUCCGGAACCGCAUCAUCCAAUUUAACCCGGGGCCAGACAAGUACUUCACCUUGGGGCUCCCUACUGGGAGCACCCCACUUGGCUGCUACAAGAAGUUGAUUGAGUACUAUAAGAAUGGAGACCUGUCCUUCAAAUACGUGAAGACCUUCAACAUGGACGAGUAUGUAGGCCUUCCUCGAGACCACCCGGAGAGUUACCACUCCUUCAUGUGGAACAACUUCUUCAAGCACAUUGACAUUCAUCCAGAAAACACCCACAUUCUGGAUGGGAAUGCAGCUGACCUGCAGGCUGAGUGUGACGCCUUUGAAGAGAAGAUCAAGGCUGCAGGCGGGAUUGAGCUGUUUGUUGGAGGCAUCGGCCCUGACGGACACAUUGCCUUCAACGAGCCGGGCUCCAGUCUGGUGUCCAGGACCCGUGUGAAGACGCUGGCCAUGGACACCAUCCUGGCCAAUGCCAGGUUCUUCAAUGGAGAUCUCGCCAAGGUGCCCACCAUGGCCCUGACGGUGGGUGUGGGCACUGUCAUGGAUGCUAGAGAGGUGAUGAUCCUCAUCACAGGCGCUCACAAGGCAUUUGCUCUGUACAAGGCCAUCGAGGAGGGAGUGAACCAUAUGUGGACCGUGUCUGCUUUCCAGCAGCAUCCCCGCACAGUGUUUGUGUGUGACGAGGAUGCCACCCUGGAGCUGAAAGUGAAGACUGUCAAGUAUUUCAAAGGUUUAAUGCUUGUUCAUAACAAGUUGGUGGAUCCCUUGUACAGUAUCAAAGAGAAAGAAACAGAGAAAAGCCAGUCUUCUAAGAAACUAUACAGUGAUUAGCCUGUGCUAAUCCUAGUGUCAGGUACCUCAUUGGGACAGGUGUGUCUUUCUGGAAAUUGCCUUUAGGAGGAGAGAGUUGUAUUUCUUUAAUCCAGUAUGGUUACUCCAGAUAAACUGGUGUACUUACUGUUCUUGGCUAUGCAGCGUGCAGCCUAGUCACAGAGUUUAGCUACAGGAAGAAUGGCUUACUCUUAAUCAGAAAAACAAAAAACAAAAAUCAUUCCAUAAUUUGGAUGUCUGCCCCACAGAGAUUAGGGGUUUUUAGCUUUUUGUUCUGCCUCUGACACUGUUCACAUGUACAACACACUCCCAUCAGGAAUUUCUAUCAUUACAUGCACUGAUUCUCAAUUGGGAAGGAGUUAAGGGCUUGUGUAUAUUGGACAAACCUUUUUUUUGAGGAAGAUUAGCCUUGAGCUAAAUCUGCCAUCAACCCUCCUCUUUUUGCUAAGACUGGCCCUGAGCGAACAUCCGUGCCCACCUUCCUCUACUUUGUAUGUGGGACGCCUGCCACAGCAUGGCUUGAUGAGUGGUGCAUAGGUCUGCACCUGGAUCUGAACUGGUGAACCCUGGGCCGCUGAAGCAGAGCGCAAGAACUUAACUGCUGCGCCACCUGGUGGCCCUUGGACAAAACCUUUUUGGAGGCUUGAGAACCCCACCUUGAGCAGGCCUGCCCCUUAUUUGAGAAUCACUUUUCCUAAUAAGGAACCAGCUCUCUCAAUGUCUAAAAUCAAUGUAAGGGAAGCAGUGCCUCUGGUCAGUAACAAGUGCCAUGGAAAGAAAACUGUCCCUUACUUUCUUUUUCCAGUUGUUUUUUCUGCUCCUAGUUGACCUUUCCAUGAACUCGGGACUCCCUGGGGGAAGAUUUGGGCGGGUGGAGCUAGAGAGAAGGCUUUUGCUGAGCCCCUCUGGGGCCCUGCCACAUCAAACUCCUCUCCCUCAGGGAUCCUCUGGCACUGGGAGGAAGGCGGAAACCCUUUUCCCACCAGAGCCCUGUGUUUUUGUUGCAGGGUCUCACUGUGGCUCCUCUGUUGCACAUACUCAAGUAGGACCCACUGGGGCAACUGCCACGAUUUCAGUGUUGUGUUCAGCCAAGGUGAUGGGGGCCAGGGCAGGCAGCUCAGUUAUGAGUUUAGUCACAACACACAAGAGAUGUGUUCUCCUGCUGCCUGACAAGUUAAGUGCCAAGACAACAUACCAAAUGCUUCUGAAGUUGCCUCAUGCCCUUCCCCACUUAAAGUGCCCUGCCUUCUAACCCUCUCAGGUUCACAUGGCGUGCUCUGAUGUUCCCAGAACAUCAGGAAAUACGGCCCUUUUGCCCCUUCAUCCUUCACCCCUUGUUCACGAGAUGAGUCUGUUGCUCUGCCUUUUACCCUCCUGAGCCUUCAUGGAGUGGAUGCUGCCUCCUCCCCCCUAUUUUUGUGCCUGUUGGAAGCUGCUGCUGCCUCUGUUUCUGGGAAAGAUCUUUUGGAGCCUGGCUCAGGCCUCUCUUUAAGUGCUGUUUGGUACCAGUGUUGUGUCUUUAGCUUUUAUACACGAUUGUGCUGUCAUUCUGUUUUAAGCUAAUGAAUCAAUGGACUUGUUUACAAUGUGAUAUUUUCUAUUAAAUCUAAUAUUUUGAAAUAAAAUGUGUCAUUUGUG